AUGGAGCCAACUGAAGUCGUUGACAGCCUUCGCGGCUUGGUGGCUGUGGCCGACAAUGCAUUCCGAAGCACAUACGAUUUUGCGAAGGACAAGAUUGACCCGUUCAUGGACAUCAAGAGGCGAGACGAAAUCCGCCGCGUUGCAACCGAGAUCCAAGAUCUGGCUGGAUUACUGCAUCGACUCACUUUGGUGGCUUCCACCUUUGACGAAGAUCACGAUCAGGUCCUUGACGAUGUUUAUGGCCUCCGCUCGCCGAAGCUACCGCAACAGCUAUUCUCUUGCCGACAGACGUUGAUGAAAUUCGAGGCAAGCUUGAGCCGUAGGAAGCUUACCUACGAUGUCAUAAAACGGGAGGAAGAUCUCAAACCACGAGCAAAGCUGAGAUGGCCCUUCACGACAGCGUGGACCGUUGACCUGAUACAAGAAAUUGGUCAACACAAGAAGGCUGUUACUAGGGCUCUUUCCUCCAACUCCAUGAACGAGCUGCUGCAAAGCUUUUCUAAAGGGAAAGAUCGACAUUCUCCAAAUCGCAGAGAAGUCGUCAGAAGAUACGUGAUGGGCCGUUGCAGGUACUCAAAGGAGAACUCCACCGUGACGUCGUUCUUCGCAAGGGUUGACCAUCUUGAAGUCCUCACGCGGACUGUCAGCAAACGAACCAACUGGACAGAAUAUGAGUUGCUGGAACAUGAACUCAUCCGACGCUAG